AUGUUUCAAUCAACAGCUGGUAGGAUAUUUAGAAGCCCUUUUCGAAUUUUACUGUGUAAAAGAUCCAGCCAAAGUUCUACAAUCCCGAACAAGCCAUUGGUGGAGAAGCUGAUACUUCCACUUCUUGAGAACGAAAACAGAACAAGUGGUCGAAUAAAAGUUAACCAUAUUGAUAUAUGUGGGAAACCUGCUAAUAUUACAGAUCGAGGGGGUAGAACUACAAAAAAUUCCCUUCCUCCCUCACUGCAAUAUGUGAAAGAUUUGAUGGACAAGUACAGUGAGUAUGUGGUGUUAACUCAGAUAGGAUCGUUCUAUGAACUUUAUUUUGAACAUGCUGAAAGAUAUGCUCCCAAGCUAAAUAUAACAUUAACAUAUCGUGAAUAUCAACAUGGUAAAGUUCCGUUUGCUGGAUUUCCAGUGGAACAAGUUGGUCGUCAUUUGAAGGUUUUGAUCAAGGAAUACGGGUACAGUGUAGCGAUUGCUGACCAAUUUAAAACGAGAAGUAUGGCAGAUAAUGAGCAAAAGAUUUACCGGCGAGUUACAAGGAUUGUGACUCCAGGUACAUAUAUUGACGAAGCAUUCGAGAAUUUAAACGAGAACCAAUUUCUAUUAAAUAUAGAGUUUCCUGAAAAUUGUUUCGAGAGGUUGGCAGAUGCUAGUACAAGGAUCGGUUUAUGUUGGUGUGAUAUUUCUACAGGCGAAUUGUUCGUACAGCAAGUAAUAUUGAGGGACUUAGUAUCAGCUAUCACGAGAAUCAGACCGAAGGAAGUUUUGUUGGAUGAGGAGCUAGUAAAAUACCAAAUUCCAGAUGGCGAAUGGUAUCCGGAACUAACUGAACUUAAAAAGUAUUUUAUCAAAUAUCACAAGUUACCAAGCAGAUAUAGGUCGAUUGAUUCAUUCUAUUAUCUUUUUACCAGUGGUGAAUCAAAUGCUACGAAGAAAGAGUUCGACAUCGUACUGAACUCUUUAUCACAAAAGGAAACAGCAUCUUUACGAAACACAUUAAUUUACAUUGAUGAACAUUUGCCAUAUGUUGCAGUAAACUUACAAUUUCCUCAAAGACAGCUGACAACCUCUAUAAUGCAAAUUGAUUCUCGUACAAGCUCCGCACUCGAGUUACAUUCUACUAUUAGAGAUAACCUUAGAAAGGGUUCACUGCUAUCUACAAUUAGAAGAACUGUGACUUCACCAGGUACAAGGCUAUUAACACAGUGGUUAUCAGCUCCAUCGAUGCAGUUAGAUGAACUCCAGAGAAGACAAACACUUAUAAAAAUAUUUAUUGACAACUGGUUUGGCACACAAACUCUAAUUGGAAAUAUUAAAUCCACAGUGGAUAUGUCUCGUUUAUUGCAGAAAUUCUCAUUUGGAAAGGGUGAUGCCAGAGAAUUACUUCAGAUAUCUGAGUCGCUGAAAAAAGCCUCUGUGAUUAGUGAUAAUUUCAAAGAAUUAUUAACAGAGGCCAAAAUUCCGAAAGAUACAAAGAAAUUUUUCGAGGAUAUGAGUUCCACCUUAAGCUUUGAGCAUUCAAUUAGUGAUAAGAUUAUCGAUUUGAUUGAUAAUUCUCGUCUUUCUCAAGAUGAAAGAGUCAUCGAUUCCAAAUCGAUUCCAGAUGACGGAGAAGCGGCUGUUUCUGAAAGUUUUGUCCGAAAAUCAAAGCCUGGUGUUCUCAACCCCAUUGCAUCACGUAAGUUGGGUCAACUUCAUAAAGAACGUGAUACGUUUAUCGAAAAGCAAAAAUCUUUAUUAAGUGCUUACCAAGAUUUGUUUUUAAACAACUUUAAAGCUCGCCAAAUUGAGCUUAAGAAAUUGAAAAAAGACAACGAUCCUGCAAUUUAUGUUUCUGGAGGGGCCGCAUCCAUCAAAAAUAUUGUGGAAUAUGUUAAAGAGGGUGGACUGCUACAAAAUCAGAAAUUUCAGAUUAUUAGACGCUCAUCGAACACAUGCUGGUUAUCACAUUCUCCUUGGGAAGAUCUGGGAAGAUCUAUAAAAAUAUCAGAAUUAGAAAUUCUCACCGAAGAAGAGUUUUUGCUCAAUAAUCUUAAGCAAGAGAUUGUUCAGCAUAGUUCUCAAAUAAGACAGAUUUCUCAGACCAUAGAUUAUCUUGAUGUCCUCUCUUCAUUCUCCGUACUUGCUCUAGAAAAAAACCUUGUUUGUCCUAAAUUAGAAUACAGCGGAAAGUUGGAGAUAAUAGGUGGAAGGCAUCUAGUUGUAGAGGACGGAUUACAAUCGAGAUCUUUGAAGAACUUUACUGAUAAUGAUUGUAAUGUGGAUUCAGGUAAUUUAUGGGUCAUUACUGGCCCGAACAUGGGUGGAAAAUCAACAUUUUUACGACAGACAGCUAUAAUUGUGCUUCUAGCUCAGAUAGGCUGCUAUGUACCUUGUGACAGUGCACGUAUUGGUUUAGUUGAUAAAAUAUUCAGUAGAGUUGGGUCCGCAGAUGACUUGUAUAAUGAUAUGAGCACAUUCAUGGUUGAGAUGAUCGAAACUGGUUUCAUCCUAAAGGGCGCAACGAAAAAUUCUCUAGCUAUAUUAGACGAAAUUGGCCGUGGUACGAGCGCUAAAGAUGGCAUUGGUAUUGCAUUUGCAACUUUAAAGUACUUGCUUGAACAUAACAAAUGCCGAACAUUAUUUGCAACUCAUUUCGGAAAUGAACUAUUCCAUUUAGUCCAAACCAAAUUUAACAAAGAAAGUCAAGAAAAGGUUCAUUUUUAUAGGACUGGAAUAGUGGAGGGCAAGAAUUCAUUUUAUUAUGAUCACAAAAUCAGAAAAGGUGUCUGUCGCAACUCAGAUGCCGUUAGAGUUGCCCAACUAUCUGGGUUUCCUGAAGAAGCAAUUACCGUCGCCAAAGAAGUUUUAACAAAUUCGUAA